CAUACCACCAACUUGGAUCGCUAUAUAUAUUCCUAUAAAACCUUCAAAUAUGGCUUACUCCUUUCCUGCCCGAAAAUGGAUCAUCUUACAAGUGUUCUUGCUGCACUCAAUGCAGGCAAAUUACCUUCUCAAGUACAACUUGACGCCUUCAUCGACUGGAUAAAGACCAAUGCGCUGGCUCAAAUGGACCCUGGAUAUCUCAGCCCCCAAGGAAGAGUCAUGGUGAGACAUUUAGGUGGCGUCUUGGAUGCUUACAAGACUAUAGGGUCGAACAAAAACAGCGAUGAUUUACUUCAAGAAGUAAUCUGGAACCUCUCAGAGAGCGAUAUAUCUGCUCCUUCAGACGCCGUGGACACCGACGAAGCAGCAGAGGACAUUGAGAGAAUUCGCAAGGCCUUGCGAAAACUUCUGCAAAUUGCGUGGUCCAGCAUCUCUACGGAAGGUUCCUUCGUUGUUCGAGGCUUUGAGUCAUUCGCCCGAUCUUCUCUUGCCGAUGCCGCUGAAAUGGUGGAGGAUCAAGCUGCCCAUGUCAAGUAUAGUCUGAGAGACGUCGAGCAAGAAGUGCAGGAUGGCAAACGCGAUGCCCUUGGUCGAGACAAGGAGAGAAUGGAGGAAGAAGAGAAAGAUGUCAAUGUUCAGUUCGAGCACACGAUGGACUCCUUGAAGGAUACCGGUGCGACAGUGAUCAGCCCUGGGCAGGACGCAAAGGCUAAAGCGGAAGAGUUGGUGGACAGAACGGGCGAUAGGUUCAAACGUGCUUUCAAAAGGGUCUGCGAGCAGGCGCAGAAGGAUGAAGAAUACCGUUCAGCUGUCAAUACACUCCUCGAUACAGUGGAAAAGUGGCUCUCCAAAACUCAAGGCAUAAUUACCGCCGACCUCGAUUCAUUCAUAAACGACACGACACCCGAGAAGCAUGUUUCAAAAGCUUUGAAGCAAAUGCAGACUCUUUUCGAGCGUUUCGCCAACAACCGGUCUCUCGAUAACUUGUUCGCCAAGGCCAGGCAAUGCGCCAUCUAUGUACACGACGACAAGGAUCUCCACAAAUGGUUCCAGGAGUUCUUCCAAGUUACCCGAAAGACGAUCAACGAGGCUGGGUAUAUGUAUAGCGAAGAGUAUGAACAAGCCAAGAAGGGUCUGUGGACGCGAUGGAAGAAGUUCUUCGUCGAGGAGUCGAAAUGGAAGACACAUUAUGAAGCCUUAAAACACGAGAUCAACGCUUUCGAAGAAGUGUUGAACCAGGACAAAGAUACGAAGCGCUUUCGUGACGCGCACGCUCAGUUGGCAAAGACGAUUGAGGAUAGACUUGUCGAAGCAGGAUCGGAGGUCAAGUCAGGCUUGGAGGCAGCCAUGGAACGAGCAUCAUGGUUCUGGCGUGAUAUCUUCCAAGUUUACAUACCCCGUGCAUUGACAUACUUGAAGGGAUUUCCGAUUCCGAGAGUGGAAUAUGUCGACAAGGAGUCGGAGCUUGUGCUUGAAAACCUUGAUAUUUCGUCUUUCAACGUUCAACCAUCUCACAUUUAUAUUCGAAAUAUUACCGAUAUCGAUAUCAACACAGUUUCCCCUAAUGCUGCCACGCGUACUGCCAUCGGCACACUUACACAUAUCCAUGCUCAAGCCAUACAGCUUGCUCUGGAUAAGGUCUCAUUCUUCUAUCGAGAUAAACAAGCUUCUGUUGUCCCAAGGGACUAUUCUGGCUUUGUCUCCUUCACGCUUCCCCCAAAAGGCGUCGAUAUCGACCUAAAGUUCCGCCUCAUCCCUGCCACUGAAGAGACGGAAGUUAAACGUGGUACACGUAUCAAAGCACGCGAACUUCAACAGGCCUUCCACGUCAUCGAGAAAGUACGGGUGGAUAUUACACAUGACGUUGGCUUGUCGAUCACCGAGUCUAACCACCCGAUGCUAUUGAGCGUCUUCAAGCCCUUGGUCUCUUUACGUUUCCGUCAGGCCCUCGAGCGCGCGCUGGCGGAGCAUAUCAGGGACGUCAUCGCAUGGGCGGACGGGAUUGCAUGGGACAUUUCGAAGCGGGCAGAGGUGUUCACUGAUGGGGGGAUGGGGAUUGGAAGCGCCCUAUCUGCCGCGGUGUGGUCCGAGCUGGGCAGGCUGAGAAAGAUGUCUAGUUGGCAGGCCAUAGGGACAGGCACUGGGGUGGUUGUCGAGGGGGGGAAAGACAAAGCGCUUGCGAUGGGUGCGGAGCCGCAAAUCCUUUCUGGAGACAAGAAGGGGCCAUUGGGUAUAGCAUCUGCGAGUCUGAGAGAACAGUUGGUUGGAGAGGUCGGUCCUGAGGAUGCUCAGGCCGUGAGGGAAGUUGUGCGGGAGGAGGUGAGGGCUUUGAGGCGAGAUAUGGAGGCAAUGGCCAUGGAAGGGAGGAGGCAGCUGCAGUCUUUCAUGGAAAGAGUUGAGGAAAAGACCGAAAAGGAGAAGAAGACGAAGGGAUGGCGUAGCACUGCCUUCGAUAUCAGUGCUUAAAGGGUUUUUCUAUUCUGUAUUAUUAGUGUAGUAAGGAACAGGAAGAGUCAGUUAUAC